AUGUGGGAGAAGCUUACAAAAUUGGGACAGACGAUAAGCAUGCCACGUCUCAUUAUGGGCGAUUUCAACUGUGUGAAAUCUCCCGAGGAGAAGCAACUUGGAGUGGCCCCAACUUGGUAUGAACUCAAGGAUUUCAUGGACUGCUGUGCAGCACUUGGACUGCUUGACGUCCCCACAACGGGUUGCUAUUACACAUGGUAUUCCAACAACGGAAGCAACCCUAUGUGGUGUAAACUUGGCCGGGUCCUUUACAACAAUGAAUGGCUUGAGGCCGGUUUACAUUGCGGCACCCAUUUCAACCCACCGGGAUGCCUAUCAAACCACUCUCCGGGUAUUGUCACUAUCUUUGAUCAUACUCCCACUAAGCCAAAACCAUUCCACUUUUUCAAUAUGUGGGCAGACCAUCCAAACUUCUUAACUACUGUUGAACAACGAUGGAACUUGAAUGUGGAGGAAACGCCACAAUUCAGCCUGUGCGAGAGGCUGAAAGCACUCAAAGGUGCACUGAAAGUUUUCAACACACAACACUAUAGCCACAUUUUCACCAGGGCCAAAGAGGCUGACCUUGCACUACAAGAUGCUCAGAACCAGCUUGAAAGCAAUCCGGGAGAUGUAACGCUUCGGGAAUCUUUGGGAGAUCUUAGGAAGAAGGUUGUUUUCCUUGUCGAGGCCGAACGACACUUCUUCUACCAUAAAGCCAAGAUCCAUUACCUCAAAGAGGGGGACCGAAACACCAAAUUUUUCCACGAUAUGGUGAAACGGAAUGCUGCUAGAAACUCCAUUACGGUAGUCACUAGAGCUGACGGGACCAUUAUUACUACUGUCGAUGAGAUUGCCCUAAGAGUUCGUUGA